AGGUCUGUCGGAUGUCCCGGGCGAGGCGAUGGUGAAGCUCUACUGCCCCAAGUGCAUGGACGUGUACACACCCAAGUCGUCGCGUCACCACCAUACCGACGGAGCCUACUUUGGCACCGGAUUCCCGCACAUGCUUUUCAUGGUGCACCCCGAGUAUCGGCCCAAGCGCCCGGCGAACCAGUUCGUGCCGCGCCUCUACGGAUUCAAGAUCCACCCCAUGGCCUACCAACUGCAGCUGCAGGCCGCCGCCAACUUCAAAAGCCCAGUGAAGGCGCUGCGCUAAAAUCGCUGGCGCGGAGAAGACUCGACCGUGUACACACACGCACGUACACACACACGCACGUACACGCACGUACACGCACGUACACGUACACCACCACACCUGUGUCCACGCACACAUGGCUACGUGUGUGUGUGGACACACGCGCUUAUGCGUGCGUGUAUACAUUCAGGCAUACGUUGAUAAACACCUACACACACGAGUAUAGAUAUACACGACUGCACACACAGACACAGGGAUGCAUGUAUGGGUACGCGCGUGUGUGUAUGCAACUCUGAUGUGUGCACGCACAAACGUGCGUAUGGAGGGAAACGUGCACACGCGCGCGCACGUAUGCAUACACGCGUAUGCACGUGCACAAUCACCACCCACCACACACACACAGACAGCUGUGACUCCCAAAGUCCCCAUUAGUUCGUUAACAUUAAAUCGUGAAUGUUAAGGAGCUCUGCCAGAAACGUCGAUGGGCAGUGUUGUGAGUCUUGCCCUUUGGUGACCCCCCUCCCCCCACGCAGAUGAACACAGUUUGAGUUUGGCGACCGAUUGCACAAGAAAAAAAAUGAUGAUGAUAAU